CGGUGACAAAUGGGCCAUCCAGCUGUUGAUCUUUAUGCUAACGAGUGGCCCUUUCCAACCAGAACCUCCACGUUGACCGACACAUUUACCGGCUUCUCCCCACCAUAUCCCUCCCGUCCAACUCCCUCACUAGCACAUAGACUCUGCAGUCAACGCAGCUACACCCGCGGCCGUAACGAAAACCAUCACGGCGCCACGUACGAAGAAGGAGCAUCAAACCCCUGGAACUCAACAACUGCUCUGUCGUGUGUGGACUCUUCAUUCCUCCCCGCCCGCCUUCCUGUCCAGGAUGGUAUACCUCCUAAAUGCAGAAAGCAAACGCAUCUCAAAAUUCUCCGACGAGACGGUCCCACAUUAUGCCACACUGUCUCAUACGUGGGCCUCAGACGACUCAGACGAGAUAUCCUUUGAAGAGAUUCAACAGUUUUCCCAGAAUCCCAACCACUUCUCUUCUCUGUUUGACGGCAGAAGUGGAUUCAAAAAGAUCCAGGGAUGCUGCGAGCAAGCUUUGCGAGACAAUUUGAAAUGGGUAUGGGUCGAUACAUGUUGUAUUGACAAAAGGAGCAGUGUUGAGUUGUCCGAAGCCAUCAACUCCAUGUUUCGCUGGUACAGAGAGUCACAGGUGUGCUAUGCAUAUCUAGUGGAUGUGCAAGCUGAAGAAAGACCGGAGGAUCCUGAUUCCUCAUUCCGGAAGAGUAGAUGGUUCACGAGGGGCUGGACCUUACAAGAGUUACUUGCUCCCUCGAGCUUGAAAUUCUUUGCCGAAUCAUGGGGCUUUAUCGGAGAGCUGACGGAUCUAUGUGGUGUUAUCGAGGAUGUCACUGGCAUUAAGCACGAAAUCCUAACAGGGGACCCCAUCUCCAGCGCCAGCAUUGCCCAGAGAAUGUCUUGGGCGGCAAGAAGGACCACCAAAAGGAAGGAAGAUAUUGCCUAUUGUCUUCUAGGGAUCUUCGGUGUCAAUAUGCCCCUUGUCUACGGUGAAGGCGAAAAAGCGUUCCAACGACUCCAAGAAGAAGUCAUCAAGCAGAGUGAUGACCAAUCCAUUUUCGCGUGGGGCUUUGGUCUGCCAUCAGGCCUGAACCGUACUGCAAACGAAAUCAAUCUUCUCGCGAAAUCGCCAGCAGAUUUUGCAGAAUGCGGAGAUAUUAUUCCAUGCGACCCUUGGAAGUCGCAAAAAGAGUUUGAGUUGACCAAUACGAGACUUUGGAUUGAAGUCCCACUCAUCACCAGCAAACGAGAAACUUUUGGUCUCCUCAAAUGUCGUCUAACUCACGAUUUCCUAAACCUUAUCGCCAUUCCGUUAGAGCCCGAAGUCAGUGGUGUGGAAAAUGGCAAUCUGAAGAGAUCUCCAGAUCGCCAGGCGGUCCUAUUUCCAGAAAUUCGCCAAGCAAGUGCCAAAUUCCGCACUGUUCACAUAAGAACGGGGAACAAAUCCAAUGAUAGCCUUGGCUGGAAUAGCCUCCAAUUUCGUGUCCGGUUCAGACAGGCAAGGGCAGGCACUUUCCGCUCUUAUUCCGCUUUGAUUCAAGCCCACGAAAACCUGUUUUGCUGCUCUCCGUACAUCGAUACAUCCUUGGAAUAUUUUUCCUACGGGUACAACACCGUUGUACAUGAGCGGGACGAGUUGGACGAGUUAUAUGAAUAUGAUAAGCCGCAAACGGCGUUCUUCCAUUAUUCGGAGUCUCGUGAGGAACGUGGCUUCAUUGUCAGACUGGACUUUUUGCCGGAGACCGCCUGGAGACAGUUGUGGUUCAUAAGAGUAUGGCGUUUGUUGCGCCAUUCUACCUGGACCCUAGAUCGAACAGUCUGGUGUCGAGUCGCUAGCGCUCCUAGAACAGAAAAAUCAAACUUGCACAACUUCGAAUAUCUUUGUCGACUUGCAUGGGCACCAAGCAUUACGGUGGCGGGUUGCAAGGUCGCUGUCAACACUCAACGGAAAAAGGUGAUGGGAACAGUCAUGUUUGUCGUGACACUGGCAAGCACACCAACAGAGCAACCAAAUCUGUCAACAUUACUGGGGGACAUGUGCAAGACUCUCCGCGACUGGGGCUAUACAAGAUUAGUCCUACCACGUCUCUCAUAUGGUGUGACACAGCUUAUCAAGGGCCUUUCUGCAUUUGUGGUUGGGUUCGUCGUUUUGGUUGUUAACAGUUUGCCCGGACGGAUUCCUUUUUACCCUGUGACGAAUUCAAUAGCUCUCGCUAUUGGCGCGGCUUAUCUUGCAAAAGCUCAAGCUUACCUCACACCUAAUGGCACGAUUCGUCAAGAAUUUUACCUCUUUACUACGUAUGCUUUGGUUUUCAUGGUUUCUUUUCUAUCUAGACGCUAGCUCCAUACUGAGAUGUCGGGUCAGUCUGGUAUUGAAGAUAGAAGGAAUUUAGAAUACAAGGAAUUUAAAAUUGAAGCAUUUACAACAUAUGCUCACACAAAAGGCCAAGCGAUAGUGCUAACUGUUUAGCUCUGAGACGGGAUGGAACUACCAUAUGAGAGCAUUCUCAGCCAAGCGGCCGCAAAGACGCUGC